CAAAAAAUGAUUUAAUUUGUAUUUUCAACUUGGUAUUUUAUAAAAAACUGAUAAAAUGUUUGAGUUUUGAUGCGAAUUUUUCGUAUUGUUUGAGUUAAUUCAAUUAGAAAAUAGAUAAAAAGCGACAUGUUCAAAUUAAAUUGUCUGUUAUUGCAACGUUGCAGUAAUAAUGUAAAGUAUGCAAUAGCAAUCAGAAAGGAAAGUGGAACAGUAUCAAAGGAAAAAUGGGAUAUAUUCGCAGCAGUUUGUUUGGAAAGAAAACCUGUUAUAACUCCGAAAUUAAACGAGUUGGAAAAGGAAUACGAAGAGUUAAGCAAAACCAUCGAGUUCGAGCGAAGCGUCAAAUCGGAUUUUGAGCUAAGACACGAAUCGGAAGUAAAGAAUUUGGAGAUUUUGAAAAAAGGUGGUGAAUUGGACGUGGAGGGAAUGCUGAAACAAACCGCACAAGAUUUGAAGGAUUCGUGGAGCUCGGAAGCCCGACAAUUCCAACCUGCAGAUCGAAUAACAGAUGCCGAUAAGAAAAAUGAUGGGAAAUCGUUGAAAAGAAAACUAGAUAAGCAUCUGGUCUUUGUUACUAAUCAAACUAUCGGAAAAGAUAAAUUUUACUUGCUUCCCCAAGGAUCGAGGCAAGAUGGGGAAACAUUGAGACAAACGGCUGAAAGAGUCUUAAAAUCGAUAGUAGGCGAUGAAUUGAAGGCUCAAAUAUACAGCAAUGCUCCCAUAGGAUUCUACAAGUAUAAAUAUCCCCUUGAAGUUAGAAAGGAAAAUAACGUCGUGGGAGCUAAAGUAUUUAUUUACUUCGCCAGAUACUUGAAAGGCCAACUGCCUCAAAAAUUGGAUUACAAAUGGUUGGAUAGAAUGGAGUUGGAUAAAACCUUACCGACUCCUUACAAAAAUAGUGUACAACAAUUUUUAAUAGACGAAUAAGUCAAUUCUACUAAUUAUCUAGUGUUGUCAGGUUUUUUUCUGUAGCGGUCGAACGAACAAACUAUCCUCCGGCAUCAAAAUCCUGCAAAAUAUA